CUUAUCUCGUUCUGGCCAAAAGGGCAUGCGUCCAUUUCCUACUAUGACCGGUGCUAUCAACCGGCAAGACAGCCCGAGUGUUGUGCCCCGCUGGUGCACGGGCUGUGUGCCACAGCGAUAGGCCAUGGGGCUUCUCCGUCUCAUCUAUCUCUGAUCAGAGCACAAGCCGAUUUCCGGUGGUGCAAUCUCGGAGUAAUGGGUGGCAGUACAAACAAUACCGUCGACAGCAGACGGUAGAUGCCGCUGCUGCUGAAAAGCCCUAUACAAUUGAGCGGAAGAUGGUUGGCGUGCACGACUAUAAGGUGAAAGAUUUACAGCUUAUUUUGGGCCAGGAUCUUCACAGCAGAGAGAACAGGCAGGUGGCUCUGUUCUUGCAGGAGCUGGAGCUCUUCCUGGCACAUGUUCGGGAACACAUCAAGGGAAAAAAGCUCAACCACUUGCAGUUUAGCCACACGGGGAAUGUGAGGGUGUGGUUCAACCAGAUCAUGGGAUAUGUCCGGGAAAACAGCGGGGUCUCUCUCGGAGAGCUCCUAGCGCAGCUGAUGAGCUCAGUGCCGCCAGAGCAGGUGAACGCCGGCGGCCGCACGUACUCGAGUCUGCAGGUAGGAAAGACGGCGGGGAUGGGCAAGGAGGCGCUCUUUGUGACGCUGCUGCGGGCCCGAGAGGCGUUGUGCGUGCUCCUGGACCAUUGCGAAGUCGACAAGGCGCUGACAGCCGUGUCCAGGACGGAGGUCGGCAGCUUGAUCGAAACAGAGCUCAAGUUUGAGCUUGGCGUCGAUUCCCACGCCCACGUCUCGCUCAGACGUCUUCCGCUACUCGUAGACCACAAGCUCUACAUGAUACGCCGAUACCUUGCGCACAACCAGGCGACCGUUGCCGGCAGCGGCGCAAACACCAGCAAGAGGCGGCGAACAGUCGGCCACGACUACAUCACUGCGGCACUCACGCAACGCGUGAUGGACGCAAUGAGCCGCAACCGUCAUUACCAGGGCCCAAUCAGCUCCUUCACGCCGAACCGCUUCUGGGACGGUCGCAGCACAAGUCGCAGCAGCGCCAACAACGAAGAAGACGACGAGGAAGUGCUCGACUACCAAGACCGCAGCAGUGACGACAACGACAACGACAGCGCCAACGACAACGAAUCCGACGGGUCCGAAGAGAUGGACGUGGAGUCUGGCAACAGCUCUGGCGAGUUUGACCCGGAUCUCUUUGUCGACAACCCCGAAGCGCUCACCAGCGACCGUUCUUGGUAAUUGCCCCGUUGCCCCGUUGACCUUUGUCGACGCGUCGGCGUCGCGUCGGCGCAGGCGGCGUCUUUUUGUCCGUCUCGUCAUCGCUCCGCUUUCGUCUGCGUCUGCGUCUGGGCUUCGUGAGCUUUGCUUCCGCUCGUGUCGUUGUUGCCUGUCUCUGGGGCCUGCGUCGUCUCCAGCACGUCUGUCUAUUCUCUUCCAGCUCGAACGGUGGCAGAACCUCCGGAGUGGGGGCAGCUCUCUUGGACGCCCGUGUGUGGCCCUACGUCACCUUGGGUAUACUUGUCUGUAACUUGCAUCCUCCAGAGCGUCCUC